AUGAGCACAAGCGUUGUCAUAGCUAUUGUUGUAGCACUGCUGGCCAUUGCAGCCACCGUCUGGGCCUUUAGCAAAAAACAGAAGAAAAAGAGACAGGUUGUUCUUAUUGGGCGCAAGGGCGUGGGAAAGACCCGGCUGUUUCUUGCCCUUGCACGAAAGCACAGUCCGUCCCAGAGAACCAUUCCCUCGUUUGAUGUGAAAAAAGAAAAGAUAUCAUCUGGCGUGGUUCUUGUAGACACGCCAGGAGCCAACAGCUUUGAAAGCAUGUCUUUGCUAGAGGAUCUCUCAUCUGAUGACAUUGUUUUGUACAUUUUCAAUAAAAGCGCAUACGAAGUGCCAGAGAAGCUGGAGACCCGUGCGCGCAUUUCAAAAAUAUACACAGGAAGUGGAGAGCUGCACGCGUGCACAAACUAUGUAAAGAUGGAUGAAACAGUUCACGAAGAACACGUUGAAGAGCUAUUGCACCAAAUACUCCGAUAG